AUGAACAAUGUUCUUGAUUCGAAUGAAAUAGACAGGCAAUACCUUGAUAUGAUUUUAGCUAAACAGGAAUGUUUAAAUAACGGGCUAACGAAACCAAAUUAUGAAACAUCUGCAGGACAAAUAACUUUAUAUCCAAAUCAAUAUUUUCAUAUUGAUCAGGGAAUGGAUAAUUAUUACCGUAAUUAUAACGAUAUCGCUAAAAGAUAUAAUCAUCAUCACAUGUAUGAUAGAUUGAACAACUACGAUCGUUUCGACAAGCAACACCUAGCUAUCCAACCACCCGUAUUUUUGCCAAAACCAUUUCAAAGCAAUAAAGCAGUGAAUUUGAGACCGACUGGUUUAUCUUCCUAUGACGAGUCUAAUUUGUGGAAACUCUUUAAAGAUAAUCCAGAUAUCCUUGCAUAUCUUACUGGUAUCCUGAAAAACCAAAAUUCACAGUUCUGGCUUGAAUCACAAAGAAAUCAAGCGGUGGAAGAUGAUAGUCCAUACUUACUCGCAAACAAAGACAACGACGUUGACUAUAUUGGUGAAUCUAGCGGAUUUUUAAGGAAAUUGAGAGGUGGAUCGCAUUUUGUUCCAAUUGGAGGUGCCCGUCAACAAUCCAGGAAACUAAAGUUCCGAAACUUUGGGCCUCUUGAUGAUGAUGUGUUUUAG